ACCAUUCAAUUUCAGUUGAAGUUAUUAAUUAGCAUAAUACCACAUCAUACCACAGGGGCGGAGCUACCUUCUGCCUUGGGGGGCCCCGGCCCCCCGAGAGUUUUGGAGAUCGCGUGUAAAAAUAUCGCAAAUUUUGAAAAUUCUAAAGAAGUUAACUAUUGUAGAAUAACAAUAACGUGCAAUAAUGAAAAACAAUGUCUGGAUCUAGUCUAACGUAAUGAAGCAGCUACCUGAUAUUUGUGAAUACCCAGUACCAUGUUCAAUCUCUGGCAACAACAUUGUGUUUUUAGUUUUCCUAAUUUGGUUGAAUUUUUGUUUAAAUUAAGACUGAUCACUUAACUUUUGUACUUAUUCAAAUACUUUUUAAUUUCAAAGUUCAAACUAGAUAAUGAAAUUUUGGAGCUUAUAAUAUUUUUCUAAUUUAGAUAAUUAAAUUUUGGAGUCUAGAUAAUUAAACUUUGAAGCUUAUGACUCACAAUGUAAAUAUUUUCUUAGAUUUUUUUUACGGAUAUUAUACAAUAAAGUCCUCCCCCCCUCCCCCCCCCCCCCCCCCCCCCCCCCCCCCCACUGGAUCCUAACUCUACCCCUGUCAUACCAUAUGGUACCAGUAUUCUAAUCCAAAAUUUGUUUCUUGUUAUAACACUAUUAUAUACUAUAUCAUACCAUAUGAUACCAGCAUACAAAAUACUAUAUCAACCCACAAGUUUUAUUUUGGCCCACUAUAAAUCAUACCUCAUCAUACCAUAUGGUACGUGUAUUGUAAUUUUAUUUUAUAGAUUUAUGCUUUGUUAGACAACAUUGUAAGUUUAAAAUAUAACAUAUCGUAUGGUUGCCGCAUACCGUAAAUGAUAGCAUAUAGGUAGAUUAAUUUUAAUACAUUAUGAUACCACCACGUACUAUAAGGUACUACUAUGGUAUUUUUAAAGUUUUAAAAUUUGUUAGGGCGAAGAGAGUUUAGAUGGUUUGAUUCAUUUUUUGUGUAGUGUUGAAAUUAAAGUGGAGAGAGCAAAGAUCAUUUUUUUUCUUUUAGUAAUAGACGACAGAGUGAGAAUUAUUGUGGCAGCUACCGAUAACGGCUCCUAUGAAAAUCUCGGUCGAUGCUGUCAAACCGGGGGCUUUCUGGAUGCCAUUUUGAAGCUCGACUUGGGUCGGACUAGGUCCAACCGGGGGUUCGAUAGGGGUUUCACAACUUUGGAGAUAAUCCUUUGAAAUAUAGACUUAGGUACAUUGUUUGAGCUUGAACUAAGGAUUUGAUAAGAAUCUCCUUUGCUACAAUUGAGAGUAGCCUCCCUAUCAACAAGGUAGGUGAAUUUUGUUUUCUUCUCCCACUCCAUAGUAGUAGGAAAGCCUAGAUAUUUCUCGUGGGAUACCACCCGUUUCCAGGGGAGGAGCUAUGUAGGCUCUCGGGGGCCCCCGACCCCCUCGAGAAUUUUGAAACUUAUGUAUAAAGACCUAAGAAAUUUCGAGAAUUACGUAUAAAUGUAAUGUAAAAUGUAUAUUGAAUCCGAGUGAAAUAUUUUUAACGCCGCAUGUUUGCAAUAUAGCGGAGAAGCACCCCAGUUGCAGCUACAAGGUCGCGGGUUGUCGACACUUAUAGAUAGCAGUUUUUUACAAUUUUAACAGUUUUUUUUCCAGUUCAAUCCUUUAAUUUCUCUACAAUGUCUUAUAAAACCUGUAAUUUCAAAUAACUUCAGUCAAGUUCUUGAACUUUUACAUUCAUAUUUUCAUAGAUUGUUUCUGGAUAUGUAAUUAAUUAAUUUUUAAAAACAUAAUAUAAAGGUAUGAAAGAAAUUACAUGUUAAAAUGCAUGAUAAUUUUUUCUCACCGUAUAAGCAUUUAUUUUGAUUAUAACACACUUGUUAAAUUAAGUAUAUUUUGAGUAUUUUUAAUUAUUUCAAUUAAUAUAUCAAAGAAGCUUUGUUUGAAAUGGAUCCUCCAAAAGCUCCGGACCCUGACGGCUGGACUGUCAAUUUCUAUUAGAAAUGAUGGGGGAUUAUUUGCAGCUCAGUAAUUGCAGGAGUCAAGGAGGCUCUCACUAACGAUUUCUUCCCUAAAGGUAUGAACUCUACGUCUUUUACCCUGUGCUCCAAGAAACCAAAUGAAGUGACGUUAAAUGCCUUUAGACCAAUAGCCUACAUUAAUGUGUUGUAUAAGAUUGUUUCUAAGGUCAUUAGUCAUUACCAAUAGAUUGAAAACUGUCCUGUCCAAUUUGAUAAGCAUGAAUCAAUCGGCAUUCAUUAAGGGAAGAAGUACACUUGAUAAUAUACUUAUGGCUCAGGAGUUAAUGCAAAAUUAUCAUAAAAAGAGGAUUGCCUCUUGUAGUGCAAACAUGGUGGAUUUGUAAAAAGCAUUUGAUUCGUCUCUUGGGAUUGCUUGUUUUGUAUUAUGAAGUGUAUGAGAUUUACUACUGAAUUCAUUGGCUGGAUUAGAUUGUGUAUCUCUACUGCUACGUUUAGCAUUAUGGUCCAAAGCAGUGUUUUUUUGGCAAUUUUGAGGCUAAGCAAAGGGUCCGGCAGGGCGAUCCCUUAUCGCCAUAUCUGUUUGCCAUUGCUAUAGAGCUUCCUUCCUCUAUGUUGGACAUGGUAGCACUGAACAGAGACCUACCAUAUCAUCCUCAGUGUCGUUUACUAGGUUUGACACAACUCUGUUUUGCGGGCGACCUUUUAAUUGUCACUUAGGGCUCGGUUUAUGCUUUGGAGUGUGUUAAAAGGGUAUUGGAUAGGUUCACUCAGUUGUAUGGUCUGUCUUGCAACCCUAAGAAAACUGAAUUUUCUUUGGGGGAGAAAAGGCUGAAGACAUUGUUGUAUCUCUCCGGUAUACAGGGUUCAAGGAAGGAAAAUUGCAGUUAGAUAUCUUGGCUUGCCUUUGUUUGUUGGGAAAUUAUUGGCCAAGGAUGGUGAUGUUUUAGUCGACAAGAUUACUAGUCGUAUUCGUUCCUGAAAAGCUUCUAAACUUACCUAUGUAGGAAGGAUUCAUCUGGUUUCUUCGGUUCUCUACUCACUUGUGCAUUUUUGGAUGACAGUGUUCAUCAUUCUUAAGAAGAUUAUCAUGCAAAUUCAAAAGCUCUGCUCCGAAUUUUUAUGGUAUGGUGAAGGGUCAGGGAGGGCAAAGUGGCUUGGAUCCGCAUUGCUCUCUCCAUAAAGGACGGGGUCUUGGCUUGAAAGAUCUCGUGACGUGGAAUGUUGCUAGACUUAUCUGGCUUAUACUGAUGCAUGGAGGGAGCUUUUGGGUUGCUUGAGUCACUAGGUAUAGACUUAAUGGUCGCUCUUUGUGGGAAAUAAAGGAAGGUUCUACAAGUUCCUGGGUGUGGAAAUAUAUGCUGAAGCUGAAAGUGCGCGGUUGGGUUAUAUUUUGAUUCACAGUGCAGGGGGAAGGAAGAGUGUACUGAGAAGGUCAACAGAUGGGACGAUACUCUAUCAAAACUGUCUGGAAAACCAUUUGUGAGAAGCAUCCGGUAGUGCCCUGGUUUCAGUUUCUUUGGAGCAGGUUUACUAUAUCGAAAUAUCGAUUUAUUGUCUAGUUAGUUAUUCUGGACAGAAUCAAAACACGAGAUAAAUUUUUUGAUUGGGGUGUUAUUGAAUCGGAUCUUUGUGUUCUAUGCAGUGGGGUCAGGGAGACUAGGGAUCGUCUUUUCUUUUACUUCCCUUACUCCGCUACAGCUCUUGAUGGUGGUCUGGGUCGGUUGCAGCAAGGUUGGCCGACCUCCUGGUAAGGUUGAUUUCACCAGGCAUGUAUCUGGUCCACAAGAGAUGAAAAAGGAGCACUUUGGUCUCCGAGUUUUUGGUGCUAGUGGUAGUGGGCGUAGUAGCAGUGAAUUGCUUGCUGGUUUAAAGGAAGAGGUUAGGCUUUUUGGUAUUGGUUGUCCUGAUUUUACUUCAGUAGUACAUGAUAAUGAAGUAUUUUGAGUUUCUGAGCUUGGUAGUCUGGUAGGUUUGAGUUCUGGGGAUUCCCCUUUGUGAGUUCUAUUUUGUAUUGACAUUGUAUUGUUUUCGAGAUUUGGCCAUUUUGAUCAAAUAGAGCUAUAAAAGAUCGCUUAAUUACCGGGGAAAAAACUCUGAUUUAGGUGUAAAAGAUAGUUCUGAUUUAGUGAAGUUGACUUUUUGUGUGAUCGAUUUUGUCAUAACUGGAGAGCUCAAUUAGUACGAUAUUGUUCGCUUUGGACAAAGCCCGCACAGAUUUAAUUUUGGUUGUCCUCCCCAAAAGGCCUCGUACUAAUUGGGCUAGGUGGACACUAACAUACAAGGGUCCCUUCGCUUGUAUUACCGAUGUAGUACUUGGAUUGUCCCAUAACUAUCAUCCCCUCAAGACAAGGACCACGAACUUCAUGUCCUCACCUCAGCGAUUAUCUUGAUCCGCCAGACACCAUGAAUCGAUGGGCUUCUCGAUACAAGGACUUUUCCAUAUGCAGAACUCUCUUUAAUCUGCUCUUCCCAAAUGCGAGUCUCCUUUGACGCGCCAGACAAACCCAGAUCUCAACUCUCGAGGUCACCAAAUGAGGGUCAACCGAACUGACGUCCACAGCCCCGAACCGAACCAGGCUCUAAUACCACUUGUUAUAAUCGGGUUUCUCAAUUAGUACGAUAUUGUCCUCUUUGGGCCAAGCCCGCACGGUUUUACCUUUGGGUAUCCUCCCCAAAAGGCCUCGUACUAAUUGAGCUAGGUGGACACUAAUAUACAAGGGUCCCUUCCCUUGUAUUACCGUUGUGGUACUUGGAUUGUCCCAUAACAAUCCAGACUCUGAUACCACUUGUCUAUUAGUACGAUAUUGUCCGCUUUGGGCCAUGUCCGCAUGGUAUUACUCUUGGGUGUCCUCCCCAAAAGGCCUCAUACUAAUUGGGCUAGGUGGACACUUAUAUACAAAGGUCUCUUCCCUUGUAUUACUGAUGUUGUCCUUGUCUUGAGGGGAGGAUUGUUGUGAGACAAUAUCAACAUUACUAUUACAAGAAUCGGAAAUCCUUACAGGCACAAGGGAAGAGACCCUUGUAUAUAAGUGUCCACCUAGCCCAAUUAGUACGAGGACUUUUGGGGAGGACACCCAAGAGUAAAACCGUGCGGGCUUGGCCCAAAGUGGACAAUAUCGUACUAAUUGACAGAUUUAUUCAGUCCAAUUUUUGGUUUAACCAAAAACAUCGUGGCCGAAUCCCACCCCUAACUUGGAUCCAAUCUACCAAUCCAAUAAAUGAAUCCAAUUCAUUGGCCACCACUAUGUAUAGGUGAUAUUUGGGUCGGUUAGCCGUUAAUCGAUAAUGCAGUUAGCAAUUAUCCGCCAACCAAAAACUCAUUAUCAUUAGCCUACCCGCCUAAACUUAGUAGUCAACCGGUAACCGUCGAUGUGUUUAGCGCUUGUUUUAGCGGUUGACCUCCUACGCACCUGAGAGAGAGGAAAGUGGUAGAUUUGUGGAUUUGACAAAAGGCAAUGAGCAUGAUUGUCUUUUUAGAGAAUGUGGAAAAGGAAAGUGAUGGGUAGAAGAAAGGCCUACUCGCACACUCUCUUAUUCUCUUCACUCUCGCCUAUCCGCCUAUCACUUUUUUCCUUUGCAAAUAAGAAAACAAAUCCACUCACUCGGUGAACCAACAAACAUGAUGUUAGAAUAUGACUUGAAUUUGAAUUGGUUUUGUUUUGUGUUUUGGGCCUAUUUUGUUUGGGUUUGUGUUUGGACUUUGUUUUGGCCUUUUCCUUGUAUGUUUGGGAAAAGGUGUUUGGUUUUCUGUUUGGAAUUAGGAGAAGAGUUCUGUAAAUACUCUUCAUCACCCUAGUCUGUAGUAAAGGCCAGUCAGGUUA